GCCGUGUGCCGUCCCACGUUUCCCCGCCAGCAAGAAAAGCACACGCGCACUCCCGUCCGGCUGACACGUGGGACCCGCCCGUCACCCCCCCGUCAACAAAGCCGCCUCCGGCAACAACCGCCGAGAUUUUGCAAUCCGGUCCUCCACUUCGUCCCUCCCCAGCCCAGAAACCCUAGACCGUCGCUCGCCUGCUUUCCUUCCCCGACGCGACAGGCGAAUCCAAGGUUUCGCGGCGGUCGCGGCCCUAGCACGCGCUGGAUCUGACGCGGCAGCUCCCGGCGGCCGCGUACUACUGCCUGCUCUUCGCUGCGUCGGCGGCCGUCCUCGGGCUCCUCGGCGGCGUCGCGCGCUAUAUGCUUCCCCGGAAGCGGGAGAUCGUCGCCGGCGAGGUCGAGGACUUGCAGAAGAAGACCCGUGCCGGGGAGGGCGAGGCCACCAGGGAGGAAGGAGACGCAGCCAUGGCUGGGAGGGGGAACGAGAUCGACGAGGACCUGCACAGCCGCCAGCUCGCCGUCUAUGGCCGCGAGACCAUGAAGCGCCUCUUCGGCUCCAACGUCCUCGUCUCUGGACUCCAGGGUCUCGGUGCUGAGAUCGCAAAGAACCUUGUCCUUGCGGGUGUCAAGUCUGUAACCUUGCAUGAUGAUGGUAAUGUGGAGCUGUGGGACUUAUCAAGCAACUUCUUCCUCUCGGAGAAUGAUGUUGGGCAAAACCGUGCUCAAGCUUGUGUACAGAAGCUACAAGAGCUGAACAACGCUGUCCUCGUCUCUGCCUUAACCGGUGAUUUGACCAAGGAGCACCUUUCUAAAUUCCAGGCCGUUGUCUUCACUGAUAUCAGCUUAGAUAAAGCAAUUGAGUUUGAUGAUUACUGCCACAGCCACCAGCCACCCAUUGCUUUCAUCAAGUCUGAAGUUCGUGGUCUUUUUGGCAGUGUGUUUUGUGACUUUGGUCCUGAAUUUACUGUUUUGGAUGUGGAUGGUGAGGAACCACAUACAGGAAUUGUUGCAUCAAUCAGCAAUGACAAUCCAGCACUUGUAUCUUGUGUGGACGAUGAGCGUCUGGAGUUCCAGGAUGGUGAUCUAGUUGUUUUCUCUGAAGUCCAUGGAAUGACUGAGCUGAAUGAUGGAAAACCAAGAAAAGUUAAGAAUGCAAGGCCUUACUCUUUCUUCUUGGAAGAAGACACUUCCUCAUUUGGCACAUACGUUAGAGGUGGUAUCGUCACACAGGUCAAGCCACCGAAGGUUAUUAAAUUCAAACCCUUGAAAGAGGCCAUGUCAGAGCCGGGAGAAUUUCUCAUGAGUGAUUUCUCCAAAUUUGAGCGGCCACCUCUUCUGCAUUUGGCAUUCCAAGCUUUGGAUAAGUUUAGGACUGAGUUGAGCAGAUUCCCUGUUGCUGGGUCCACUGAUGAUGUGCAAAGGGUGAUAGAGUAUGCUAUUAGCAUUAAUGAUACUCUGGGAGAUAGGAAACUUGAAGAAAUUGACAAAAAGCUCCUGCACCAUUUUGCCAGUGGUUCCAGGGCUGUUCUGAAUCCUAUGGCUGCGAUGUUUGGUGGUAUUGUCGGUCAGGAGGUAGUGAAAGCUUGCUCAGGGAAAUUUCAUCCACUUUAUCAGUUCUUCUAUUUUGAUUCUGUCGAGUCUCUCCCUGUUGACCCCUUGGAGCCUGGUGAUUUGAAGCCAAAGAACAGUAGAUAUGAUGCUCAAAUCAGCGUAUUUGGAUCUACGCUUCAAAACAAACUGGAGGAAGCAAAAAUCUUUAUGGUCGGUUCUGGGGCACUUGGAUGCGAGUUCUUGAAGAACCUGGCACUAAUGGGUAUUUCUUGCAGCCAGAAUGGAAAUCUGACUGUGACAGAUGAUGAUGUUAUUGAAAAGAGCAAUCUGAGUCGCCAAUUUCUUUUCCGUGACUGGAACAUUGGGCAACCUAAGUCCACAGUUGCUGCUACAGCUGCUAUGGUAAUUAAUCCUAAACUUCAUGUCGAGGCCCUUCAGAACAGAGCAAGUCCUGAGACUGAAAAUGUGUUUAAUGAUGCCUUCUGGGAGAACCUUGAUGCUGUUGUCAAUGCCCUUGACAAUGUGACUGCAAGAAUGUACAUAGACUCCAGAUGUGUAUAUUUCCAGAAGCCACUUUUGGAAUCUGGGACUCUGGGUGCUAAAUGCAAUACACAGAUGGUCAUCCCUCACCUAACAGAGAACUAUGGGGCUUCAAGGGAUCCACCUGAAAAGCAGGCACCUAUGUGCACUGUACAUUCAUUUCCUCAUAACAUUGAUCAUUGCCUAACCUGGGCUAGGUCUGAGUUUGAGGGUUUACUUGAGAAGACUCCCACUGAAGUAAAUGCUUUCCUGUCAAAUCCUACUACAUACAUAAGUGCAGCAAGAACUGCUGGUGAUGCACAGGCUAGAGAUCAGCUUGAACGUGUUAUUGAGUGUCUUGACAGAGACAAGUGCGAGACGUUCCAGGAUUCUAUUACCUGGGCCCGGCUUAAGUUUGAGGAUUACUUCUCCAACCGUGUGAAGCAGCUGACGUUCACUUUCCCAGAAGACUCGAUGACCAGCUCUGGUGCUCCUUUCUGGUCUGCUCCAAAGCGGUUCCCACGACCUGUGGAGUUCUCGUCGAGUGAUCCAAGUCAGCUUAGCUUUAUUUUGGCUGCUGCAAUAUUGAGGGCAGAGACUUUUGGAAUACCCAUAUCUGAGUGGGCCAAAACCCCAAACAAGCUGGCUGCUGAAGCUGUUGACAAGGUGAUUGUGCCGGAUUUCCAACCAAAGCAGGGGGUUAAGAUAGUUACAGAUGAGAAGGCCACUAGUCUAUCCUCUGCAUCUGUUGACGACGCUGCUGUCAUUGAAGAGCUUAUUGCCAAGUUAGAAGAAGUUUCCAAAACACUGCCAUCAGGGUUCCACAUGAACCCAAUACAGUUUGAGAAGGAUGAUGACACAAACUUCCAUAUGGAUGUGAUAGCUGGUUUUGCCAACAUGAGGGCAAGGAACUACAGCAUUCCUGAAGUGGACAAGCUAAAGGCCAAGUUUAUAGCCGGCAGGAUCAUCCCAGCUAUCGCCACCUCCACCGCGAUGGCCACUGGCCUUGUCUGCCUUGAGCUUUACAAAGCCCUUGCUGGUGGACACAAGGUCGAAGACUACCGCAACACGUUUGCAAACCUUGCGAUCCCUCUCUUCUCCAUUGCUGAACCAGUUCCACCCAAGACCAUCAAGCACCAGGAGCUGUCGUGGACGGUCUGGGACCGGUGGACUGUGACAGGCAACAUCACGCUGAGGGAGCUCCUGGAGUGGCUCAAGGAGAAGGGCCUGAACGCUUACAGCAUAUCCUGUGGCACCUCUCUGCUGUACAACUCCAUGUUCCCCAGGCACAAGGAACGGCUUGACAGGAAGGUUGUUGAUGUUGCCAGGGAGGUGGCUAAGAUGGAGGUGCCCUCUUACCGGCGUCAUCUCGACGUUGUGGUGGCCUGUGAGGAUGACGACGACAACGAUGUCGACAUCCCACUUGUGUCGGUCUACUUCCGCUGAAGAAGCGCUCCUUCUGCGUUUACAUGAUCUUGUGGUUGGUCAUGCUGGAUCGACUGACAUGUCAUGAGUCGCAUUAGUGAUUGUAAGCUGAGUGGGGGCUUAAGCCACAUUAUCGACUGAUUUUUCCUUUCUACCAUCUUGAUGUCGAUCGGAUCAUUGGGGGCUGAUCUCGGGUUGUUACCAGACAUAACUAUUCACGAGACUAGGCACAACAUCAUCUUGAUAAUUGUUGCAUGAUGCGUUCACAACUAAAAUUGGUCGUCGUGGGAUUGAAUGAAUGUUUUAAUCUGUUUGUCC